CUGCGCCCCCUGUGGCAGAUGUGGAGAACUACAGAAAGUGGAGCUCAGCGAGUUUCACUUUCUGUUCUGGUAAAACGUAAAAACAGUCCUGCCAUGGAUGAUAAAGAAGCAACUCAAACCUGCAUGAAAUGUCUGAGGAGUGUGUGGAGCGACUGCACAAGUGUCCGUUCUGUGAGCUGGAGGUGCCGUGGAAGGAGCUCCAAGAGCACAGCCUGGUCUGCGGGAGCCGCACCGAGCUCUGCAGGGACUGCGGCCGCUACGUCCAGCUGAGAGACCAGCCGGAUCACAGCUGCACCCGUUCAGCCCCCGACGACAGCCAGGGUCCUCCUCAAGCUGCUGGCGCCGGACACGACACAAAGCCACCAGUGAGCUGCAGCACAUGUUUGGGCUCGUUUCCAGCUGAGGACUUUGUCAAACACCAGGAGGAGUGUUUUCCAGCAAAGAGGUUUGUAAAUGAGGAAGAUGAGCGAGAGGAAGAAGAGGAGGAGUCUGAGGACUUUACACAGAGAAGCAGUCCUCAGCUGAGCAGCGCCUACCGAGCAACAUCCCUCAUUCACUCGGCCAGCCGUGGUCCUGGGAGUGAUGGAGGAAACCCAGAGCAGAUCAGUACCUGCCCACACUGUCACCUGGCCCUGCCCCUCCAGACACUAACCUGGCAUGAGGUGAAGUGCCGAACCCACAUUUUUCUGAAAUACAGAGAGGCAUGAAGAGAGAGAACUCCUAACGAAGAGCCUCAGAGAGCUUUGUCUCAUUUUGCUGCACUUUAUCAUUUUAAAAAAAUGCACGACUUAAUGCUUACCUGUUUCAGAAAUAGUUCAGAAUAUAGUAUUUAGUUUCCUAGUAAAUUUAAUAAGUGUGACUUUGUAAACUCACAGCAUUAAAGAAACAUAUUUGAAUCUGCAGCAGUUUUUAUUUGUUAAUUUUUAAAAGGAACUGCCCACACCAAAGUCUCUUUCGAUAACACAAAUUGUAAAAAGUUUUAUUUUUGAAGUUUAUAUUUCCUGAAGCAAUAUAAAAGUCAUGUGGGUGUAUUCAACACUGUUUUUUUUUUUUUUUUUUGUAACAAGCAGCCUUUUUAUUGUUUACAAGAAACAUGAAUACUUUGUUUUUACUGGUUAGUUUAGGUUUGUAUUUUCAUGUGUCUUGUUUAGAAAUAAACAAUGUCUGAAUUUAGGAAUGAUUAAAGAAAUGUUCGAUUUGGGUGAAAUGAUGGAUUA